AUGUGUGCCUCCAGUUCAGAGAGUCAAGCUACUUCCUGGCGAAGUCUCCCCGUCGGGCCCCUAGGAGCCCCUGCUGCAGCUGGGGGGACAUACCGGCCGGCGUCUCUCCGGCCCCGAGGACGCAGGCCGCUCAGGGUGCUCUACCCUCCCCUGGUGAGGAGAGUCCUGCCCCGGGAAGAGCCUGACUCCGCACGUCGCUGGCUGCUACUCCUCUUGGCUCUGCUCUUUCUGCAGAUCUACACAGAAGAGUCGUCCUGCGGACCCCCUGAGCUCCAGCUGCACACCCCGGAGGCCUCCCCAUCCCCAAGCUUCCCCCAGGAGGGAGAGGGGAUCACGGACAUUGCCAGGCUGUGGGGGGGGGGCCGAACGUGGACCAGCACUUGA